AAACAAUAGUUCUAACUCUGCUUAGGCAAACAAAGCACGUAGGUGUCCUUACCAUGUCCUAGUACAGGUAGUAAAAAAUACUAAGCCAUGUUGAUGAGAUAGUUCAUUAAAUCAGUCCACAGUAGGAAGUUCCACAAACAGUUGCCCUGUCAGAAGCUGCAGUAUUAUUUAUCAUCAUUAAAUGUUUUUAUUUAUCUUGUGUCCGAAAAUGAGAUGCAUGUAGUGCCUUAGUUAAGCUUACAGUUUUAUGGGUCUGUAACUGCAGGUGACUCAUAGGGCACGGAAGGGAUCACAGCGUACAAUUUAAUUUCAUCAGAAGAAUUAAAGAUAAGUUGUAAGUUUGUUGUUUCAGUUUGUUACAUUUCCUUGUUGUCUGUUGAUUUUGGUAAAGAUAGUAAAUAAUUGGUUAAAACGAAAACAAGGCAGAGGUGUUGCAUCCGUGAUAAGUGUCCAUCGUCUUCCUCAUCCCAUGCAUGUGACUGAACUUGCUGGGUACUGCUGCUAUUGAUGUUAAUUUGGGGUUAUUCUGCUUUUUCAUCAUUGUGGUGCUGUGCCUCCUGCUUCUUUGCCCAAUUUCAAGUUCUUAAAUCUGGUAAAAUAAGCACAGUAAUUGUCUGUCACUGAAUCUUUGCAUCCUCUCAGCUUCAGAGAUCAGUGUUUUGUGGUGUAAUAUGGUGGAGUCUACAACUAGUGAAAGGCUCAGUCUUCAGAGAUGUGAUUUAAUUUAUGUAAAUACGCUACAGAUUUUUUUAAUGUAGCCCUUGAGACUAAGUUGGCAAAUAAUUUAUUAAUGAGAGUUGUUGAGCCAAUGAGGGCACAGAUAAUCCAGACCUCGUGUUACAUUUGUCAAGAUUGUAGAGAAGUCAUGUGUAAUACUUUCCUGUGGGUCAAGUCUGCUUAUGUUACAGUUGCACAAGGUCAGACCUUAAUUUAUCUAGCAACUGCGUAUUUAAUUUUAGAAGUAUCACAGGACCCAUCAGCUUGCAGGGCACCAUUCCUGGCUGUUCAAAAAGCAGGCCCCAAAGUAACAGUGGCAAGGUAAUGGGUUGCAAAGCUCAUUAUUAUAGCUCACCAUAGAAAAUAAUGGAUGAAAGAGAAGAUUUGGUUGAAGACCUGCUCACUGAGUAUGCCAUACAGCUUAGCAUCCAAGAAUCAAAUGGGGCCAAACCACCAGUGUCUUCCAGCUAUAAUGACAGUUUUGUACCACCUAGUGAGGAAAAUAGGAAAAUUGUAACAGCCAUAAAGCAAGGUGAAGUAUUUGGGCUCCAAGAACUAGUGAAACAGAAAUAUGCUUUGGAUGAAGCUGAUGAAAGAGGGUGGUUUCCACUGCAUGAGGCUGCAGUUCAGCCGAUUCAGCAAAUACUUGAAACCAUUCUAGAUGCAUCUUAUAAAGCAAUGUGGGAAUACAAAACAUGUGAUGGAGAAACACCAUUAACUUUGGCAGCAAAAGCUGGCUUCGUGGAGAAUGUCCGAACGUUGUUGGAAAAGGGUGUUUGGCCCAAUACCACAAAUGACAAAGGAGAAACUCCACUGCUUAUUGCUGUAAGACGGGGCUCUUUUGAAAUGGUGUCCACUCUGAUUAAGCACAACUGUAGUAUCCACCAGCCAUGUGUAAAACGUUGGUCAGCAAUGCAUGAAGCAGCAAAACAGGGACGCAAAGACAUUGUUGCUCUUCUUCUGAAGAAUGGCGGAAAUGUGAACCUUAAGGAUGCAUAUGGAGUAACACCACUAGGUGUAGCUGCUGAAUACGGUCACUGUGAUGUGCUGGAGCAUCUUAUUCAUAAAGGUGGAGAUGUUCAGGCCUUAGCAGAUGAUGGUGCGUCCAUACUUUUUGAAGCAGCCAUAGGAGGUAAUCCAGACUGUAUAGCCCUUCUUUUGGAAUAUGGAGGAAGUGGCAAUGUGCCUAAUAAGGCAGGACUGCUUCCCAUACACAAAGCAGCUUAUGAGGGGCAUUACCUGGCCCUGAAGUAUCUCAUUCCGGUCACAUCCCAAACUGCAAUCCAAAAAAGUGGAAUAAACCCUGUUCACUCAGCAGCAGAUGGCCAGAACUCACAUUGUUUAGAGCUCCUCGUUGAACAUGGUUUUGAUGUCAAUACUCUCUUGGCUGAACACAUUUCAGAUAAUUACGGUGACAAAAGAAAAACUGCACUUUAUUUUGCUGUUUCUAAUAAUGACGUUCUUUGUACUGAAAUACUGCUGAAAGCGGGGGCAAAUCCAAACAAGGAUCCUUUAAACUGUCUUCUUGUGGCAGUGAGAGCUGGCAACCAUGAAACUGUACAGCUGCUCCUAUCUUACGGAGCAAAUGUCAACUGCUACUUUAUGUUGGUUAAUGAUACACAUUUCCCCAGCGCCAUUCAGUAUGCUUUGAAUGAUGAGGUGAUGCUGAGGCUGUUGCUCAAUCAUGGAUAUAAUGUGGAGAUGUGUUUUGACUGCAUGCAUCAAGAUAUCUUUGGAAAUUCUUUUGUGUGGUCAACUCCCGAGGAAGAGAUUCUCCCUGGGUGGACUUCUUCUGUAAUAAAGGAUAAUCAAUUCUGUGAUUUUAUUGCUGUUCCUUGGAUGAAACAUCUAGCAGGAAAAGUGGUUCGUGUUUUUGUAGACUACAUGGAUUAUGUUCCUCUAUGCACAAAAAUUAAGUUUGUCUUAGAAACACAGAAAGAGUGGACAGAGAUCCGUCAGAUAUUGGACAAUCCUCGCCCAUUGAAACAUCUCUGUCGCCUGAAAAUACGUAAGCUCUUGGGGUUAAAGAGACUGCAGCAACUGUCAUCCAUGAAGAAGUUUCCACUUCCACGAAUUCUCAAGAACUAUAUCCUAUAUAAAGAAUAUGAUCUGUAUGGAAAAGGGAUACAUUUAGAAUAGUUUGUAAAAAUAA